AUGUUAAAUUGCAAAGUUACUAGUCUCAGCAUGUUGAUCCACGCAUUCUACACGCUGAUGUUAACUUCUGGCGCUUUAGGCGCUGUGAACUACUGCUCUUCUGUCAAUACAGCUUUAACGAAGUCAGCAUAUCAUAUGUACCAGUCCAAUGGCUGGUGUUCUGAGCUGUGUCGUUACAAGACAUCUUGGGCGAUUGUGAGCAAUUCAUGGUGUUGGUGCUCUGAUGUGAAUCCUACAAGCGUAGUUGACAUGAGCGAGUGUAAUCAGCCAUGCCCUGGAUUUGGCCAAGAACAAUGCGGAAACUCAGAAAAGGGACUAUAUGGAUAUAUAUAUUUGGGGGAAGGACAAGUACCUCCGGUUUCACAGGUGUUAAAAGGUAAUGAAGCCACCACUAGAACUUCUAAAACUGCUGAUGUCCCUACAGAUACAUCAAACGGUGCUCAAACAAGCCCUAGCGCAAAUAUCAACAGCAUCAACAGCAUCAACAGCAUCAACAGCAUUCAAGAUACUGUCAAUGUUGACAGCGCUAACACCGUAAAUCCUAUUGAUUCCCUUAAAAGCCCGAAUACGAUGGACAAUGCUAAUUCUGCAGGCAUCGGUAGCACUACAAAUAGUGUAUCCAGCACGACUGUCACCGAUCGUGAUGGCGGCCUAUAUAGAGGACCAACAUCGGAAUCCUUAUCACAAAAUUUUAAUGGAGAAUUAGCAUCUACUGGUGGUGAGGAUUUUAGCUCUUCACCUUCGGUGACCUCUAGCACAUCGGAGUCAUACAGUCUGAGUACAUCAGUAACUAAGAGCAAUAAUGCAGCUCUGACUCCGUCAAUCUCUCCAUCAGCAGCGGAUCCACAGCGCACCACCCCACCGUCACGUCCAUCAAGCACAAGCUCACCGCCACAGGCAACCACUGUUAUUCCAACUACGGAAUUCCACUAUGUUACCUCCGUGAUCUACUCAAUGCAUACCUUAACAGUUACUCCUAGCGGCGGAACUGCAGUGAUAACAAGUGUGGUAAGCUCUUUUGCUACAGUUGCCACUACUGUAGCGGUAAGUGUACCACCCAGUCCAAAAGAGAUGUUAAGCAGCUCAUCCAACCUCAGGGAUCUUCCAGCACCCGGAAUGACCAGAUCAUUCUGGGACUCGCCAUCUAAAGUAGCUGGAGCCUUUAUUCCAUUAGGUUUGCUAAUUAUUAUCCUGAUACUGCUGGUGAUAUGGUUAGCUGUCCGCCGGUCGCAGAACAACAAGUUUUACGACAGCGAAUUGCUGCCGUAUAUUAGUGGCGAUUCUUCAAAUGGAACUAUGGACAAUCAACCCACGGACUCGCGCUUUUUAUACGCCGAUGAAAAGGAAAUGCGUACGCUUACAGGCCAUAGAAUCAGUCUACGUAACUCCUCUGUCGUUCCUAGUUCCGCGACCAUUGGUUGUCUGUCUCAGAACAACGAUUCAAUGUUCGGUAGCAAAGACUCAAAAAUUGAUACGCUGCUUGUCGAUCAAAGAUUAGACCCAUCCCAUGUCAUGUUCCCAUGGGGAAACGGCGGAAGCAGAAGCUCUUUAGCCGAUGAUAUAGAUUACUCCCGAAAAGUCCUACGCGUUAUUAAUGAAUAG